UUCCUGCUUUGCCUGCUUCCUCUCUUCAGGAUGCUCCUCUUCCUCUCUCUGACCGCCCUCCUCUCUGCAGGUCUGGCCCUGGAGGUGAACCAGACCUCCAGGCUGCAGCUGGACAGAGAGCAUUGCUCGGCCUGCGACUUCCGGGAGCACAGCAAACAGAUGAGGCUCCACAGCAUCAAGUCUCAGAUUCUCAGCAUCCUGCGGCUGGAGCAGGCACCCAACAUCAGCCGGGACAUGAUACGCCAGCUGCUGCCCAAAGCACCGCCUCUGACCCAGCUACUGGACCAGUAUGACCCGCGGGUGGAGGACGAGGACAAGGCCACCACGGAGACCAUCAUCACCAUGGCCACCAGCUCCAACCCCCUCGCUCAGGACGAGUUGUUCUCCUGUUGUCUGUUCAGCCUCAGUCCAAAGAUCCAGCCCCGGAACAUCCUGAGCGCUCAGCUGUGGGUUCACCUGCGGCCCGCCGACAUGGUGUCCACCGUCUUCCUGCAGAUCUCCCGGCUCAAACUCGGGAAGGAGGGAAACAACACCUGGGUCCGGGUCCGCUCUCUGAAGAUCGACACCAAUGCCAGCUCCAGCUCCUGGCAGAGCAUCGACAUCAAGUCUCUGCUGCAGACGUGGCUGCGUCAGCCCGAAACCACCUACGGCAUCGAGAUCAACGCCUACGACUCCCGAGGGGAAGACCUGGCCGUCACCUCGGCCGAGCCUGGAGAAGAAGGACUGGUGAGGGAAACGAGCUGCCCAGGACAGUGUGGACGUUGGUACCCCGAACUAAAUCUCCUACUUCCUUUCCAGCAACCGUUCAUCGAAGUGAAGAUCCUCGACACCUCCAAGAGAUUCCGUCGUGAUUCCGGCCUGAACUGCGAUGAGGAGUCGGUGGAGACGCGCUGCUGUCGUUACCCUCUCAUCGUUGACUUCGAGGAGUUUGGCUGGGACUGGAUUAUCGCGCCCAAGCGCUACCGAGCCAACUACUGCUCCGGGGAGUGCGAGUUCAUGCACCUGCAGCAGUAUCCACAUGCGCACCUGGUGAACAAGGCCAACCCAAGGGGCACCGCAGGGCCCUGCUGCACACCCACCAAGAUGUCACCCAUCAACAUGCUCUACUUCAACCGCAAGGAGCAGAUCAUCUACGGGACGAUCCCGUCCAUGGUGGUCGACCACUGUGGCUGCUCCUGAGGAAACCUGCGAGAAGGUCAGAGGCUCAGCGUAGACAAACAUGAUGCAAAAAACACAAGCGCAUAGUCAAAACAACUACAUGUAGAACACAGAGAAGCUUGAGAAGAGUUCAUUUCAGCCUGAUGACCCCUGAUGAAGCUGGAAGCUCAGGUUUGGACUUCUUCACACUCGUUUUUACUCCUGUAGGCACUUUGCAAACGUGCUAGAAACUGCUUUCUGAUUCUAAAGGUCAUAAUUUUAUAUAAUAAACUUCACUGUAAAGAAGUUGACA